UACAUAUUUCUGAUAUGCUGAGCAGGGUAAGAGGGGACCUGAGGGAGACAAGGGUGAAGCCGGACCAAAAGGUGACAAAGGGAGUAAAGGAGACCCAGGGAUACAGGGUUCUCAGGGCGAACAGGGACCAACUGGUUUUCCAGGUUUUCCAGGGGUCAAAGGUCAGCCCGGUCCGAGAGGGAUACAGGGAGAAGAUGGAGAUGUGGGUCCACAAGGCAAAUCAGGAAAGGAGGGGCCGAAGGGCAACAAGGGACCGGAGGGUCAUCAAGGAAUGCCAGGACCAAGGGGACCAAUGGGUCGUACAGGACAAAGAGGUCACGCUGGAAUGCCUGGAUCUCCGGGAUUUCCAGGUCCUCAAGGAGGAAUCGGGGCUGAAGGAAAGCCUGGGACUUCAAGGCGCUACUGGUAACCCAGGGGAAAAAGGACUAACGGGCUUCCAUGGCAUCGCUGGGGAGCCUGGUAUGGAUGGACCAACAGGACAUCCUGGUCCACCUGGACGAGAAGGAUCCAUGGGCAGUCCAGGUCCGCCAGGAGAGAAGGGUUUCUCUGGAAAGCCAGGAAGAGUGGGACCUCAGGGUCCUGUUGGCAUGUAUGUAAGUGAUGCUUCUGCAGGGGUUUCCGAGGAAGUGGGGCUUUUCAAUAAACAAUGUUUGGAUGUAAGACAAAGCAAAGUGGGAAUUGUAGCCCUCUGCGUUUUCUACUCAUAUUAAUUAUCAUGCAUGUCUAUAGUCAUCGAGAAAUGAACUUUGUUGUCAGGUUUAUUAGGUAUAUCUGCUUGUUAAUUCAAAUAGCCUUCAGUUUUUAACAGAAAAUAUGC